AUGGAAUGGGAUGGGGCGGCUGCUGCGCUGCCUCUUCCCUCCAGAGGCCCUCAGGGGCCCACAGGAUUCUUCUCGCUCCGGGCCUCCCCGCUCGCUUUUUCAGCGAAACAGGCUGACUGGUCGAAACGGGGAUGGUCCAGGACGCGGCCGCAGCCUGCGCUGAGCGUUGCCAGUCUGGCGGCGGUGCAGGCGGUGCAGUGGCGGAGAAGCCAUGCUCGACGGACCCAGCGCAGGGCAGGUGACACGGGCACCCCCGCCACGCCGAGCACCGCGACAGAGGCGCCGGAGGCGCAGGAGCUCGUCUCCGAGUCCUUAGAGUACCUGGAAGCGGACCAAGCGGACGAAGCGGACGGAGAGUCCGAGAAAUCGGCCGAGCUGGCUCGGUCCCCGUCCGAGGCACAGACGCUGGUGAAGCAAGGCAAAGUGAGGAAUGCCCACCUGGUCGAGCCCCCUCUGCCCGAAGGCAUCCGCGCGUAUACCCCAGGUGAAGGAUAUGGGUCAAAUGCAAUACCCUUCGCUGGUGUGUCGCCGAAGACCUCCAAGCGACGCAAUGAGGGCAAUAGAAUGAAGGCUAUUGAAAUGCUCGAGCGGGCGAAAGAGGUUUCAGACCGCAAGAAAGAGGAGCUUGCCACGCGCAGAAGUAGGGCACCUUCGCAAACAGUUCCUGUGCCACGAGACCUUUUUGCAGAGCUGCAAGAGAAAGGAUGGUUAGAAGCACUGGGUGCAAGUGGCCUCUAUGUGGACGUGGAAGAGCCGGGUGCAGAGCCCCAUCAUGCAAGGUGGAUUCAACUGAGUAUCUCGGGCGACGAGGAGGAGCAAGUUCGAGCAGGCGUCCUCAGGCUGAUGUCAUUAAUGGUGCCGCGCCGAAUGGGAUCCGGUUCUGCUUGA